AUGACGAUGUUGUUCCUCAGUAUCCCUGUCAUUGCUGUGAUUUGGUUGACUAUCUCUUCUGCUUCGCCUGUGCCUGGCAAGAGGGCAAGGCUCGAACGUCAAAAGUAUAGCGAAAAAGGAGCAGAAAAACAAUUAGGUUAUUAUCCAUCAGACAGUGAUUCUUAUUUGGCAGAAUAUAGUUCGCAUCACGUAGGUGAUGUGAUUCAUUCUCACCCAAACAAGAUCAUGAACGGUAUGGCAAAAAUCGGAGUUGAUACGGACAAACAUGAUAUGUAUUAUGGUAGAUGGGGUAAACCGCCACAAGAAGGCGUUCGAAUCAAAGAGCCUUUAUGGUACGUUACCAAUGCCGGUCAAAAGUUAAGACCUCCGCCAGAAGUACAUGAAGAUUUACCCAAAGCUUCACAAUUGGGCAUCGUAAGGGGAAAAACGAGAUCUGAUCGUGCGGCUUGGACUGGUAGUAGAGCUGCUACCAGAACAGUACGUGAACCACGUAAAGAAAAGCCGCCUCGUAAGCAAUAA